AUGGGUAACUACUCGAAAGCACUUGAAUUUUACGAAAAAGCACUUAAAAUCUUCGAAAAAGCUCUGCCUCCGAAUCAUCCCGAUUUGGCUACUUCCUACAACAACAUCGGUGGAUUGUAUGGGAACAUUGGUAACUACUCGAAAGCACUUGAAUUUUACGAAAAAGCACUUAAAAUCUUCGAAAAAGCUCUGCCUCCGAAUCAUCCCGAUUUGGCUACUUCCUACAACAACAUCGGUCAAGUGUAUUACAACAUGGGUGACUACCCGAAAGCACUUGAAUUUUUCGAAAAAAAAGCACUUAAAAUCUUCGAAAAAGUUCUGCCUCCGACUCAUCCCGAUUUGGCUACUUCCUACAACAACACCGGUGGAGUGUAUU